AUGUUUGUGGUGCGUCGCGGGGCCCUGCAGUGGAGGGCGGCGGCGCGUUUUUUGGUGCGCCGGGGGGCGGCGGCGCCGCAGCCGUUUGCCCGCCACGUCUGCGGCGCCAUCGUGGCGCAGCGGCGACUGCAGUCCACGCCCGGCGGAGACGGGGCGUCAAACGCGUCCGCGGCGCAGGUCGGCUCGACCUCCUCGUCGGGGUCGUCAGGCGCCGCGGCGGCGGCGGCGGUUUCCCCGCAGGAGGCGCUGGACAACCUGCUGGAGGAGAUUCAGGCGGUGCUGAGCCGCCCUGUGCCGAUCGGCUCCCUCUUCCGCGCCCUCUCCCCCACGAGCCGCAGGACGCUGGCGAGGAACGGGGAGCCGCUGGAGCAGCUGCUGCUGCGCUACCCACGGCACUUCGCACUGUAUCAGCAGGGCAGCCUGCGGAACAGGACGAUUUACUGUGCUCCACCGCACUUGGUGCCGCAGCAAGCGCGGCGGAUGGUGAGGGAGACGCCCCCUGCGGCUGCGGCGGCCUCUGGAGGGAGCAGAGACAUCAAUGAAAGAGUUCUGCAGCAAGACCCCGUAGCGGAGAGGCAGCAGCGAAUUAACACAGUGCUGCAGUACAUCCCGAACGAGUGGUCGCCCUUUGCUGAGCUCGGUAUACCGGAGGAGGUGCGGGUGAAAUGCAUGGGAAAACCGAAUGUGAAGGCAUUUCAGUACUUUGAGAAGUAUCCGCAGUAUUUUGAGUUGCGGCAGCAGGGAAUUGCGGACCACACCUUUUACGUGCGUCGCUCCUUGGCCCUGCAGCGAAGCACCGAGAAACCGCCCUGA